AUAAAAGGCGCCCCUUAUUUCCAUCUUUCCUCGGAAUCUCCUUCCUUCCAUACAAAAUGCGCAUUCCACUUAUCACGAGUGCUCGAUACCAAGACCUCGGUCGCCGAAAAGGUGGUGGCGGCGGCGGGAAAGGCGGCAGCAGCAGCGGCGGGAAGGGUGGCGGUACGGGUGGCAGCUCAGGGAGUGGGGGCAAGACCUCAAAGGUACCAAUCACGGGUAGCUCCGCCAGCGGCAAGAGCACCGCAAUUGCGUACGGAUAUGGAGGUGGGAAACCCCAGACGAUUCCCACUGGACAGCUUUUUGGUGGACGCACUGCUGGAGGAGCCACAAGAGCACAGAUAUACGGUACAAGGUUUGUCAACAGAUAAUUUUAUCGCGAAUGAUAGUAACUCAGAUGUCAUCCAGGACGUAUGGCAGCGGAUAUCCUGGAUACUCUGGCUAUGGUGUCGC